UGUCAAUUUGCAAAUUUGUCGAAUCAAUAGAAAAUUCACUUCAGCUCUCCGGUAGAAAUAUUGCGACAAUGGCGACCGAAACCUCACAGACGACAGAGCAAGAGCGAGCCGCUUACCUCAUGGACGCACAGACAAAAGCACUCAAACUAUUUGAGGAAAUCGAACAAUCCAUAGUCCGGCCUGGUGUCAGUGAGAAACAGCUCAGCGAUGAGAUCCAUGAACUGGGUGCUAAGCGCUACGACGUCAAAACCCAUUGGCACAAGCGGGUGAUCAGAAGCGGACCGAAUACCUUGUUUCCCUAUGCUGAAAACCCUCCGGAUCGCGUCCUCCAACCCGACGAUAUCGUCUUCGUGGAUCUGGGUCCGGUGUUCGAAGCAUGGGAAGCCGAUUUUGGUCGUACCUUUGUGCUUGGGAAUGACCCGAUCAAAGCGAAGCUGCGCGACACUCUAGAACCUUUGUGGGAGCAGGUGAAGUCGCGAUUCCAGGCCAAUCCGGAUAUAACAGGCGAGGAACUAUAUCAAAUUGUCUGUGAUCUAGCAAAGGAGUCCGGGUGGGAAUUCGGCAACUCCCAUGCAGGCCACCUGGUUGGCCAAUUCCCGCAUGAGCGAAUCGCCGGGGAUAAGGUCGAAUACUAUAUUACCAAGGGCAGUCAGAAGCCGAUGAGGCGCACAGGUAAAGAUGGGCAGCAACUGCAUUGGAUCUUAGAAGUCCAUCUUGUAGAUACUGCCCGCCAGAUUGGCGGGUUUUAUGAGCAACUCUUAACAGUUGAUUGAGAUUCGCAGAAACCUGCAGACAAGGAACGGGACAGGGAGGAAUGGGAUCUUUACUUAGGAAAGCAGAUUUUCCUGUCGACAACUGAGAGAAGUUAAG